AUGGCUGAUGAAUCAGGAGCUAUUAACAAGAACACCAGUAAUACUAACUACGGAGCUAUCGAGAAUGAAGGAGGGCCAAGUACACAGCAAGUUCAUGGUGUUCACAUCAACACUAGUGGUUGGUCAUUCAUCAAAUAUAAAUUCCGCAAACCCUUUGCUGAAUUCUUGGGAACUUUUACCUUGGUAACCUUUGGUAUUGGGAGUAUCGCUCAAACAGGAGGACAUUUGAAUCCGGCCGUUACGAUUACACUCGCCGUCUAUCGUAACUUUCCUUGGUUGGAAGUUCCCGUAUACAUCCUUGCCCAAACGGCCGGUGCUUUCGUUGCUGCCUUUGUGGUCUACUUAAAUUAUCAUGCAGCCCUUGCUAAUUUUGAUGGAGGAAAUCGUAUCGUCACUGGCGCGAAUGCUACGGCCGGAAUAUUUGCAACCUACCCCGCUCCAUUCAUGGGUACACUGGGUUCAUUCUUUUCCGAAGCACUUGGCACAUUCUUCCUGUUGUUGGUGAUUCUCUCAGUGACCGAUAGUCACCGUUACGAAACAGGAUUCGCAUUGAACGGAGCCCGUGAUUUUGGACCUCGUUUAUUUACAUUUUUGGUUGGUUAUGGAGUAGAAGUGUUUACCGCUUCCAAGUUUUAUUUCUGGAUCCCCUUGGUGGCACCGGUGGUUGGUGGUUUGUCGGCAGGGUUCGUUUAUGAUUCUUUGAUUUACUGGGGAAAGUCACCAUUGAAUAGUAACUAG